AUGAAUCGAGUGAUAUUUUUAAUCUAUUUGGUGAUAAUAAUCAAAUAUGCAAUCUGGUUUGUGAUAGAUGAUAACGAUAAUAGUUAUAUUGAAUACUAUCUUGUAUUUGGCAUUGGAGAAUUCUUCAUUCUAACUAUUCUCAUGCUUAUCUCAGCACUUUUAUAUAUCCCAAUUAUGAUUUGUAUUCGUAAGAAUGCUCACUUAACCUCAUUUAUAAAACACAAACCACACAGAUACAUUUUCUAUCAGACAUUUGCACUUGUCGUCCUUAAAUCAGCAACGAUUCAAGGUAUAUUUGUUCAUAUUCAGAUUGACGAGUACCCUCUUUUUGAUGGCGGCACUUACUUUCACAUUGCUAUGUGGAACGCUUUAUCAAUUCCAGUUAUAAUCCAGGCUUCUUACAUCUUGUGCAACAAGCGGAAUUUGGAAACAUUGGGAUACAACAAUUCCAUCAAAACUCUGAUUGUAUCCACAUUCUAUUAUUAUUUUAGAAGAUCGAAAGUUCAGCCGGCUGCCCACAUUGAAUAUCCCAGUCGUAUUGCUUCUACAGCAAUAAGUUAA